UACUGGAAGUGAUUCUCUACAAACCUGCUUGCUUUUACCAUAGACUUUUACACUCAUUCAUCAGCUCAACUGGUAGUUAACUUGUGAUCCACGGGUCUCUCAGUGUUCAAAUAUGUCUGCGGUUAUUAGGAAGAUCAUUCACACUGCAGCAGCUCCUGCCGCGAUCGGGCCUUACAGCCAGGCUGUUGUGGUGGACCGCACAAUGUACAUCUCAGGACAGCUGGGAAUGGACGUAGCAUCAGGACAGUUGGUGGCAGGAGGAGUGCAGGCUCAGGCCAAACAGGCACUCAUUAACAUGGGGGAGAUUCUGAAAGCUGCUGGAUGUGGAUAUGAAAAUGUUGUCAAGGCCACAGUAUUGUUGGCAGACAUUAAUGACUUCAAUAACGUCAAUGAUGUUUACAAGCAGUUUUUCAAGAGCAAUUUCCCAGCUAGAGCUGCCUAUCAAGUAUCCGCGCUGCCCAGAGGGGGGCUUGUUGAGAUUGAGGCCGUCGCUGUGUUGGGACCCAUCACAGAUGCCUCCUGACUAUAUGACCCCAGCAUGCAUCACAAAUUGUAAAUAUAGUUUUAUGGAGACUGCAUCCAAGAUUACAAAUUACCAA